AGAGAGAGAGAGAGAAAGGGGGGGUAUAAAACCACAAAACCUCCAUUAAAGCAAAAAAACCCAAAAAAUCCUUCCAGGCAAAGGAGGGGCUUAAGCUCAAAUGCCCGCCUCGAAGACAUCGAGCCUAAGCUCUUUCUUCGGCUCCGCCAUUAAAGCAAAUAUCAAGCCCAAUCGCAAACCCAAGCUCAAAGCCAAAGCCAAAGCCAAAGCCAAAGCAACCGCCAUUGUCGGAGCUUCAACCGCCGCCGUCGAGGACAGCACUCUCAAGAACUUCGUCUCCGCUCUCAACGCCUCCGAAGGACAAACCGUCUCCACCAUUUCUCGAGUCCUCACAACCAACACCAACAACAAAGCUUAUAAGUCGUCUCCCAAACUUCCCAAGCCGUCGUCUUCGUCUUUAUCUUCUUCUUCGUUCGCGGAGAAAUCCCGCGAAGAAUCUGUCUCCGAGUCUGUUCGCUUCAGUUCCAAUUUGGAUUCGGCUUUGAGUUCUGUGGAUUCUCCGGGUUUGGAUGUGAGGAGUUGUUGGGUAUUGCAGAGGAUAUCUUCUAUAUUGAUUACUGCUGAUGCUUUGGAAAGUUCACGUGAUGAGAAAGAAGAUGAUUUUGUCGAAGCAGAUGACAGUUUCGAGAGAGAACUAAGCAUACCAUGGUUUCCAUCUCUUGCUCCCAGUGGCAUAUCGUUGCAUCGUAAAGAAGUAACACGCGAAAGGAAACAUAAAUGGUUUUUCAAAAGCACCCAGGUUAACCGUUUCAAUCGAUUAGUUAACAUGUGUGCAGACAAGGUAGGACCAGGUACCGCUUUUGGUGUCUUCGGUAAGUUGGGAAGGGAAACCAGUGUAAAAGAGUAUAAUGCGUUACUAAAGGUAUGCAUAGAGACGGCUAGGAGCACUGAGGAUGAAGAUGCUGCACUAGAACAGAUUCACAGGGCUUAUGUAUUUUUCAAAUCGAUGAAGGAACACGGUUUUCAGCUAGAAGAUGAAACUUUCGGUCCCUUUCUUGUUUUUUUGAUAGAGAUGGAUAUGAUACAAGAAUUCUUUUUCUUUCUUGGAGUUAUCAAAGAUGCAAAUCCUAAUGCAGUUUGUAAGUUAGGAUAUUAUGAGAUGUUGAUGUGGAUCAAAGUUGAUGAUGAGGAAAAGAUCCAGGAGCUCAUUAAUUAUAUUGUGACUGAGGAAGGGGAAAGCAACUCCAGUUUACAAGAAAAUUACUUGUUAGCGCUCUGCGAAGGUGGCAGGGAGAAGGAACUUUUGAAGCUUUAUGAAAUCAUUGAUAUUACGAAGAUGUCAGUGAACUGUGCAGCAGCUAUCUUUAAAUCCUUAGGAAAGGUACAAUUGGAUGCUUUUGUGGAGAAGUUUCUUAAUGCAUUCAAAGCUCGUGAUUUUGGAGCAGAGAAUUUCUCAAACUUCCUCUCUAGUUACGCAAUUGGCAACCCAAACUUAGCGGUUGAAGAUGUUUUCUCAACAUUCAAAAACUUGCACGAGAAAUUCGAAGUGGCACCCUCAUCUGCAGCGUAUGAGAAUCUUAUCAAAUACUGUUGUACUCUACUUAAGGUGCAUGAUGCUCUUGAUUUGGUUGAUGAAGUGUUUAAAGGAGGUCUGACGGUGUCCAUUGAGGCAAUAAACCAUAUUUUACACGCUUGUGAAGAAAGUUGCGAUUAUAAUCUAGUUCACCGAGUAUAUUCCCUGAUCUGUGACCGCAAGUUAAAGCCAAAAGCUAAAACGUUCAGGCUGAUGAUAAAUUUGUGCAUGAGAAUGAAAGAUGUUGCCGCUGCGUACAGCAUUCUAAGUGAUUUGGAAAAAAUGAAUGUGACGCCCACAGCCAACAUGUACAACUCUAUAAUGGCCGGAUAUUUCCGUGAGAAGAACAGUUAUGGGGCGUUAAUGGUUCUCAAGCAAAUGGAGAAAGCAGAUGUCAAACCAGAUUCAAUGACUUUCAGCUAUCUAAUAAGCAAUUGCAAAUCAGAGAAGGAUAUUGACAAGUAUUGUGAACAACUAAAGCUUUCUGGAGUUCAAUUUACGAAGACUAUUUUCAUGGCACUUAUAAAUGCAUAUGCAAGUUGUGGACAGUUUGAGAAGGCAAAACAGGUACUGUCGGAUGAAUGGAUUCCAGCUAAAAACUUGAAUGAAAUCAAAAGCGUGCUUGUCCAAGCUCUUGCAACACAUGGGCAGUUCUCCGACGCCCUUACUAUAUACGAAGAGAUCAAGCAAUCUGGAUGCAGUCUGGAACCCAAAGCUGUUAUAGGUCUUAUUGACCACUAUCACUCUGAUGGAGGGACAAGUACCUUGCUUCAGUUACUAGAGGAAUUGGAUGAUACUCGAUAUUGGCUUGAUGGUUGCUGCAGAGUUAUCUUAUACUGUGUUCGAUACAAGCAUUUAAGUACUGCUGCUGAUUUGCUCAAGCAAAUCAAGGAUAAAUUAUGUGUCGAAGAUGAAGAUGAACUUGUUAUGGAAGCUGUUCUUGAUGAGGUAUUUUGCCUAGUUGGACAUUCAGAGCCCGAGUAUUUGCAGAUAGGCCUCGACUUGCUUCGCAUUGUUAAGGAUGAUCUCGGCCUCACUCCCCCACGAAAAUGUCUGGAUUUUCUGCUCCAUGCUUGUGUUAUUGCCAAGGAUUUGGAAAAUGCCCGAUUUGUCUGGAAGGAGUAUGAAGCUGCUGGUCUUCCUCACAACAUUUUAAAUUUCUUAAGGAUGUACCAAGCUCUCUUGGUUGCAGGGGACCAUAAGGCUGCAAAGAUCUUGCUCUCAAAAAUUCCAAAAGAAGAUAUACAUGUUCGAUCUGUUAUCAAAGCGUGUCAAACAACUUACACAGGGUCUGUCACUCGAGAAAUUAAGAAGGAAAAGAAGAAAACAGAAAAGAGAUGAAAAAGCCUUAAAUUAGAUUAGUUACAAGUAGACAGUAUAAGGUCCAAAAUAUUAUCAAUUCUGAAUUGAUGAUGGUCAGUUCCUCAUCUCGGAUGCUUAAUCUUGUUAUUUGUUACCCCUACCAAUUUUCCAAUUUAAUAUCAAUGGGGUUAACUGCUUAGCAAUGGUCAAUUUGAUCCCCUGUAUUCUUGAAAUGAUGAGCAGAGAAAAUUCCUCUGUUAUAUAACUACUUGGUUGCUGAUUUUUAACAACUUAAUAAAAGCACAAGGUUACACCAAUUGAACUUCCUCGUUUAAG